ACUUGUUAUUUACCUUUGCCCUAUACGUUCGUAACGUUACAGUCUUCUGUUUUUUACUUUUAUAACUAUAACUGACUAAGUAACUAUAUAUGUAACAAAUAUUUGGAAAGAAUUUCAUUGAAUUCUUUCGUAAUUUAUAUCUUUUGGAAGGGUCGUCUCUGAUAUCAUACACGGUUUAUACGUAUUAAUAAUUGAUACUACAGACAUAAGUAUCUGCACUCUGGACGUGUUUGAAUUUUAAUAUUAUGAGUGAAAGUUAAAUAAGUGCCUGUUAAUUAUCAUUUCUUAUGAUACAUUAAAUAAGUAUAUAAAUUUAAAUAUUAAGUAAAAUGCUCUCAGUCAGUAAAAUAUUAAAAAGUAAUAAUAGUACGUUUAAAAAUGUACAAGAAUUACGAAACCUUGCGACGAAAUCGAAAAAAAUUAGAGAUAUCGCCUAUCAAUAUAUGCAAAGAAGUAAAUUGCCUACGAUGCAUUUUCAAAAGUCACUACCACGACUACCAGUACCACAAUUAAAUGAUACUCGAGACAGAUAUCUCAAUGCUCUGAGACCUUUGCUUACCAGUGACCAGUACGCUGAAGCUAUCAAGAGAACUGAUAAUUUUGUAACAAAAGAAGGAGCAGAAUUACAAUCAAAACUCAUUGCCAAGGAUAAAGCUAACAAACAUACAAGUUACAUCUCUGACUACUGGUUUAAUCUCUAUUUAAGAGACCGUGUUUCUCUUCCAAUAAACUAUAAUCCCAUAUUGGUAUUCCAAAAUGAUACUAAACCAGAAUACAAUGAUCAGCUGGUUAGAACAGCAAAUUUAUUAGUAAGUGCUGUAAGAUUUAUGUUGUCUUUGAGAGACCAAAUUCUUGAACCUGAAGUAUUCCACAUGCAACCAAAAAAAAGUAAUACACCAUUAUUUAGAACUAUUACAGGUUUACUUCCUGAAAGCUUAUCAUGGUAUGGUGCAUACCUGUUUAAGGCUUUUCCUCUAGACAUGAGUCAAUUUGGUGGUUUAUUCAAUGCCACUCGUAUUCCCAUGUUAAACAAAGACAAAAUAUUUAGUGAUCAUAGCUGUAAUCAUGUUGUUGUUCAAAGGAAUGGCAAUUUUUAUAUAUUUGACGUUUUAGAUUCUGACGGGAAUCUUUUGCUACCUUCUGAAAUUUUAGCAAAUUUAUCAAAAAUUCUUAAUGAUAAUACUCCAAAAGCAGAGUAUCCAUUAGGUGUAUUAACAACUCAAAACAGAGAUCAAUGGGCUAAACAAAGAAUACAUUUGGAAGAAAUUGGAAAUCAUGAUGUAUUAAGGAAGAUUGAUACAGCUAUUUUCAAUUUAGUAUUAGAUGAUACGAUUAUUGAAAAUAAUAAACACAAAAUUUUGUCUGAGUUUUUACAUUCGGAUGGAACAAACAGAUGGUUUGAUAAGUCAUUUAGUCUUAUAGUAACAAAAGAUGGAGUGGCAGGUGUUAACUUUGAACAUUCAUGGGGCGAUGGUGUAGCUGUUCUGAGAUUCUUUCAAGAUAUUUAUGCAGAAACUAUAACUAAACCUUUUGUCAGUCCAGACUUGAAGCCUUCAAGUAAUAAUGUUACGGUUCAGAAGUUACAAUUUAACCUUGAUGAUAAAUCAAAAAGUUUUAUCAAUAAGGCCAGAAAGGAAUACAAUGAUUGGUGUAAUUCUUUAAGCAUUGACUACAUUUUGUUCGAAGGCUUAACAAAAGGAGCUUGUAAGAAAUUUAAAGUUAGCCCUGAUUGUAUUAUGCAAUUGGGAUUUCAGGCUGCUUAUCAUCUUAUAAACAGUAAAUUUGUGGGCACCUAUGAAUCAUGCAGCACAUCCGCCUUCAAGCACGGAAGAACAGAAACAAUGAGGCCUUGCACUGAUAAAACAAAGGCGUUUUGUGAAAAACUUCACUCAAAUAAUCCGUCCAAGCAAGAACUUCGUGCAAUUAUGCAGGAAUGUUCCUCUGGCCACUCUGAAUUAGUGAAACAGGCUUCGUUGGGUCAAGGUUUCGACCGUCACAUGUUCGCAUUAAUGAAGAUUGCAGAAGACAAUAAUAUGCCCAGACCGGAAAUAUAUGAUUCCUAUGAAUAUAAAUAUCUAAAUAAAUCUAUUCUAAGUACAAGUACUCUGUCCGCACCGAGUGUUUUGGCUGGCGGUUUCGGUCCAGUUGUGAAAGAAGGCUUUGGCAUCGGGUACUCUGCUUUUCCUGAUAAACUUGGAGCAGCGGUAACAAGUUACAAGGCACAUAACAGCAGCACACAGUUUGUUGAGGCGUUACAUAAGUCGUUUGUUGAUAUCGCACAUAUUCUAUCGGGAUAACCAAAACUAUAACAUAUUAUUAAUAAUGUAAAACUAAUCUAUUUUCAUACUGUACUGAAAUCUAUUUUCUUGUGUAUUUGUGUUUUUAAAUAAUUCUAAAUAAAAUAUGCUUUAAGGCGUACUAAUUGCAAAUAAUUUUUACAUAAAUAAAUAAAAAUAUAUUUAUAUCAAAUAAUGGUAUCGUGUGCUUUGUAAAUUAAGAUUUAUAUUGAGAUAGGAUUCCCAAUUACAGUACCUAUGUUAUUUUUAUUUCAUAUGUUUUAAGUGAAAUAAAUAAUAUACAUAUUUAGAUAAUAUGGUAAUAUUGUUAUUUAGAUGAAUAAGCGUAAUAGUUUUAAAUUAGUAUUUUUGUCAUAUUUGUGUGACUAUUCGGAAAUGUUUUUAUUCCGAUAGACUAAUAGUAGAUAAAAUAUUAAAGUAAAUCAUUUAACUUUUGCAUUUUUA